AUGCCUUGUGCACGAACGAUCUAUCAUACUCGAACGAGCUAUUUCCAUCCUGUGAGAUUAGGAUUGAAAGCUACUCUAGUAGCCAAUCUAUUGGUCUUGGGCCAUGUAUUAUUGACCACUUCAGGUCAUGCAUCGGCACCGAUUCACUUGAUUCCCCAAUUACCAAAUUCACUUUCAACGAUAUCAGCAUUGAUAUUCUUAACUUUAUUAUGGAUAACAUUCACUUUGAUUGAAUGUUGUGAUUUAUCACUGAAAGAUCCCAAAGAAGCUGAGAAAGGUAUGGUAUUUAGUCGAACUUGGAUUGAGGGAUUGAGUGGCAUUGCUGUAUUGUCAUUUUGGAUGGGUUAUUGGAAAGAUGCGGAAGUCGUAUUUGAAGCUUUCUCACAACAUCUAGCUGGGGAGUUUGUCCUCAUCCCUCUGACAUAUUUCUCCGCUAUAAUCUCACUCAUCAUGCUCAAUUUCCAUCUUUUGAUUUCCAUCUGCCUCUACACGGCUCGCAAUGGUCCCAAGAGCCUCAACGGGGAAUUCUGGUCUGGGAAAACUGGUUGGUGGGUCGGAAGAGUCGAGUUGGAUGUAGUCGUAGAUCAUAUGGAAAAUGGUUUGAUGGAGAAAGUAUAA